CCCAUCUCGACCAUCUGCAAUACUAACCCGCAGUCCCUCCCUCCCGCCAGAUCGAACGCACGACUGCAACAGCCAAAAUGUCUGACGGCGGCGAUAUCGAGGUCGAGAACACCGUUCUCUCUGACGUCCUCCCCAAGGAUGUCGUCAAGGAGGUCGGCAACAUCAAGCUGUUCAACAAGUGGGACUACGAUGUCGAGGUCCGCGACAUCUCCCUGACUGACUACAUCUCUCUGCGAAACCCUGUUUAUGUCACCCACUCCGCUGGCCGAUAUGCCGUCAAGCGCUUCCGCAAGGCCAACUGCCCCAUCAUCGAGCGAUUGACCAACUCGCUCAUGAUGCACGGCCGCAACAACGGCAAGAAGCUGAUGGCUGUGCGCAUCGUCGCCCACGCCUUCGAGAUCAUCCACCUCAUGACCGACCAGAACCCCAUCCAGGUCGCCGUUGAUGCCAUCGUCAACUGCGGUCCCCGCGAAGACUCUACCCGAAUCGGCUCCGCCGGUACCGUCCGCCGACAAGCCGUCGAUGUGUCCCCCCUGCGCCGGGUCAACCAGGCUAUCGCCCUGCUCACCACCGGUGCCCGCGAGGCCUCUUUCCGCAACGUCAAGUCGAUUGCCGAGUGCCUUGCUGAGGAGCUGAUCAACGCCGCCAAGGGCAGCAGCAACUCGUACGCCAUCAAGAAGAAGGACGAGCUGGAGCGUGUGGCCAAGAGCAACCGAUAAAUGGGACGUGGACGGUGUCUGGCUGGAGGGUUUGCGGCUUUGGCGUGGUUCUGGCAUCUUUCAGAAUUGCAUUUUUGCGUUCAGGUCUGGGAACGCGGCUAUGGAUUGUCACAAAUGGCUCUAGAGACUCAAUAAAAAGCUGGGCUCAACUGGGUCACAAUGAAUUUCA